AUGGAAAACAGUGAUAUUUGGGACAAAUACGGCAACCCUAUUCAUAAAGCAGAUUACGUAUUUACAAGAAUACGUGGAGGCUCGCAUGAGGGCAAGGUGGAAGAGAUCAUAACCGAUGACAACCGAGCUGCAGAACUAUCAUUAAAGCACCCUCCUAAGAUCUUAUUCCAGAACAAGGACGGGAAAAAGGUAGCGCAUAAUCCGGGUGCUUUGGAAAUCAAAAUGGGCACUUUUGAAGAAACUAUGUGA